AUGUUUAGCACAAUCAAGAAGCUGAUCAGGGGCCCUGUGCUAGUUCCUUCACCAGCCACAACACCUGCUCCUACACCUGCUGCUACACCUGCUCCUGCACCAGCUCCUGCACCAGCUUCACCACCAGCUCCUGCACCAGCUUCAUCACCAGCUCCUGCACCAGCUUCACCAACUCAACCAGUUAAGGAUGAAAAGCCUGCAGUCAAAGAAAAUGAAGCCAAGAAAGAAGAAGAAACUCCUGCUCCAGCCCCAAUACCUGCACCAGCUGCUGCGCCAAAACCAGAAGAGAAACUUUCCAAGCCUGAAAAAGAACAGCCACCAGCUGAAGAGCAAGAAGCACAGCCCCCUCCACCAUGUCAAAUUGUAAUAAACAAGUACUCUGAUGCACAUCUUCUAAAAAUAGUCCACCAGAUGCAGCAACGUACACAAAUUUACAAAGAAAAAGUCGUAGACCCCUAUGCAUCCUCACCUGAGUGCAGCCCUCCAGUCACACCUGUUUUGAGAAAAAAGGAUUUCUUGAAAAAGCAAGAAGAAGAGAGAAAAAGAAAAGAAGAGGAUGAGAGGAUCAAAAAGGAGGAGGAGGCAAAGAAAGCAGCAGCAAAAGCUGAGGAAAAGAAAGAGAAGAAAGAAGAGAAGAAGGAAGAAAAGAAAGAUGAUAAAACAAAAGAUGAGAAGAAAGAAGAGACUGAACCAGCCAAGAAAAGAUUUCUUUCUAUUUCUUUGAAAGUCAAAUGCACCUGUCUAGACUCAAUGCUGAAACCUAUUGAAGACAGAAUGGAUAAAGUUUUGGGCACAUCCAUAGAUCCAUGCACAGAUCGGCGGUACAUCACUUGGCUUAGCGUGGUGACUAUUGCCUUCAGCUACAACCUUUGGUUCAUACCAGUUCGUAUGAUCUUCUCCUGUCACACUCCUGGCUCAAUUCCUCUGUGGUUUACUGCAGAUGUCCUAGCUGACCUGCUCUACAUCAUUGACAUGAUCAUUUUCCAGCCAAGGCUCCAGUUCUGCAAGAGUGGAGAUAUUAUUUAUGACCGAGCUGUUAUUAAGAAGAAUUACAGAGCCUCCCUAAAAUUUCAGCAUGCCCUAAUAUCAGUGAUACCCCUGGACAUCUUCUAUAUUCCAUUUGGAUUCAAAUCCAUUUUCAGAAUUAAUCGCAUCAUGAGGUUUGAGGCUUUUUUUGAGUUCAGUGAUCGACUUGAGGGCAUCAUGACAAAGGCGUACAUCUGGAGAGUAAUUCGCACCAUUGGAUAUCUCCUGUUUGUCCUUCAUAUCAAUGCUUGCCUUUACUAUGUGGCAUCUGCCUACCAAGGCAUUGGUACAACCAAGUGGGUCUACAGUGGCCGUGGCAAUGCCUACCUGAGGUGUUUCUUCUACUCAGAGAAAACCCUGUUGAUGAUCGCAGAGCUACCUUUUCCAGACACCUUAUUUGGUCAAAUCUUUCAGAUGACCAGCUAUAUUUUUGGUGCAUUUUUUUUGUCCAUCAUUCUUGGCCAGAUGAGAGAUGUCAUUGGGGCUGCAACUGCUGGUCAGACAUACUUCCGUGCCUCCAUGGAUGCAUGUGUAGCCUAUAUGGUGUCAAAUCACAUUCCAAAGCUGGUACAACACAGAGUCCGUACAUGGUACAACUACACCUGGGACUCACAGGGUAUGCUGGAUGAGUCAGAGUUGCUGGAACAAAUGCCACUGGUAAUGAGAACGGCUAUCGCUGUGGACAUCAAUCUCACCACUUUCCAGAAGAUUGACCUGUUUAAGGGAUGUGAUAACCAGAUGCUUGUGGACAUGUUGCUGAGGCUGAAGUCUAUAGUGUAUCUGCCAGGGGAUUUUGUGUGUAAGAAGGGUGACAUUGGUAAGGAGAUGUACAUCAUCAAAGCCGGAGAGGUACAGGUUGUUGGUGGACCUGACAACAAGAUAAUUUUUGUGACAUUGAAGGCAGGCUGUGUGUUCGGUGAGAUUAGUCUUCUGCAGUCUUCAGCAAAUGGAGGCAACAGGAGAACAGCUAAUGUGGCAGCUCAUGGAUUCGCUAACCUCUUUGUGCUGGAUAAGAAAGACCUCAAUGACAUCCUGGUUCACUACCCAGAAUCUCAGAAAGUUCUGGCCAGGAAAGGAAGGAAACUAAUGAAGGCCAAGGGUCCAGCUGCGGCCAAAGCAGAAGGGGACAAAAAGAAAGGCAUAGAGCUGUUUGGACCCAAACCUCCCACUCCUAAAAUGCUUCGGGCAUUUGGAAGGUUCAACAAAAAAGCAUUUAUAGACAAACUCAAGGUAGCAAACUCAACACAGAUUUUAAAGAAAUUAAAAGGCAUAUUUAAGGCACAAAAAAUUCACAUUUUUCAUACACAUUUUGUUUUUCUUCAUUUCUCUAGGUCUCUACAAAUAUGCAAUAAGUACGGCAAAAGGACAAUUUCACCAUUCCCUUCAGGAUGCUUUCAUUUUUGUAUAUGGACUCACUUAUGAGUAGAUUGUGCAUUUUGUACCAAAACAUAAUAAAAAAAAUUAAGUUCAGUGAAUUCUUUAAAUUAAGUGUAUUUAUACACUAAUUUACAAAAAACAAUAAGCA